AUGAAGGUCGCCAGGGGCCUCGUCCCCACGGAUGGCGCCGCGCCUGGCGGAGUGGCUGGCGCGGCGGGGCAGCAGAGGAAGGGCGCGCGCAUUCUGGCGGCUGAGACCUUCGCUCACCACGAGCCUCUGCCCGGCUACCUCGACCACAUCCCCCGCCGCCAGGCCCUCGCCACCUGUACGCAACGCUGCUCCCUCCUCUCCCUCUCUUACCUUCCUUGGUUCCUUAGCUCUGCUGUUCCUUUCUUCUCACAGCCCGUCCCAGCUCCCCUUGCCUCUCAUUCCUCUGCUCCCCUUGCCUCUCACUCCUCUGCUCCCCUUGCCUCUCAUUCCUCUGCUCCCCUGGCCUCUUUUUACGGUGCAUGGCGGUUACAAUCUGGAUUCUUAUUUUAUGUUUCCCUUCCUUCAAACCACCCCUGUCCUCUUUCCCCCUUGCCCACGUCUCCUCCCUCGUUCCCAGCCUGCGGGCGCACGACGGUGACGAUCCGCUCUCAGUACCUGGGGCCGUACGACCUGCACAACGACAUCUACAACAUGACCUUCUACAACGGCUGCGCCUACAACGUCACCAGCCCGCUGCGCGUGUGGCAGUGCUUCAACUUCGGCAACGUGUGGGAGGGCAUCCUCGACAACCCCGAUCCCAACCCCUCGCAGUACCAGCAAGGCGAAAUCUUUGUGCAGACGACGCCGGGGUACUGUGAGAUGCGCAUGAACCGCGGUGCUAGCGGCACUCUGCAGAUGCUCCCCGGGGAGACGGUCAACAUUGUGUAUGCGUACUUGUGGGACUUCCGGCCCUGCGUGCAGGAGCUGCGCUUCGGCAACGGCAACAGCUACUCCAUGACCAACACCACCGAGUGCCAGCUCGCCCAAACCAUCUAA